UUUUUUCGGACUCAACACUCCACCCAACCUCCCCAAGUUGGGCUCCCUCCAACCCUCCGGUGCAUUCAUAUUUCCACGCUGAGAACGACUCGCGUUCUCUUUUUUAAAAAAGGAAUUCAAAACAGAUACCUUUUCCUUUCCCUCCCCUCCUUUCUCCUCCUUUCCUUUUCUUGGACCUUGCCUAGCGAUUGCUGGCAAACAUUUGGCAUUAAAAACAAACAGACAAACGAAAAACAACAACAAAAACAAACUCAAACGCCUGGAACUGCGCUUUGAGAGGGAGUGUUGAUUUCUUUAUUCUUUUUUUUUUUUUAUUACCUUGAACUUGUUUUUUAUUAAAAAAAAAAAAAGAGAAACCAUCCAACAAAAACGUUGACUACCUUUCCAAACCCAAACCCAACAACACACGCACACCCCCACUCCACCCCCUCAAAAAAAUGCACUACUGUGUGCUGGGCGCUCUCCUGCUGCUGCAUCUGGUCCCCGCGGCGCUCAGUCUGUCUACCUGCAGCACGCUCGACAUGGACCAGUUCAUGCGCAAGAGGAUCGAGGCCAUUCGGGGGCAGAUCCUCAGCAAGCUGAAGCUCACCAGCCCCCCCGAAGACUAUCCGGACCCCGAGGAGGUGCCCCCGGACGUGAUUUCUAUCUACAACAGCACCCGGGACUUGCUCCAGGAGAAGGCGAGCCGUCGGGCAGCCGCUUGCGAGCGCGAGAGGAGCGACGAGGAGUAUUACGCCAAGGAGGUGUACAAGAUCGACCUCCCGCCCUUCAGCUCCUCGGAAAAUGCCAUCCCGCCUGCUUUCUACAGACCCUACUUCAGAAUUGUUCGGUUUGACGUCUCGGCGAUGGAGAAAAAUGCUUCAAAUUUGGUGAAAGCAGAGUUCAGAGUCUUCCGUUUGCAGAAUCCGAAAGCCAGAGUGCCUGAACAGCGGAUCGAACUGUAUCAGAUUCUCAAAUCCAAGGAUUUGACAUCUCCAACACAGCGCUACAUCGACAGCAAAGUUGUGAAGACAAGAGCAGAAGGCGAGUGGCUGUCUUUCGAUGUGACUGAUGCUGUCCAUGAGUGGCUCCACCACAAAGACAGGAACCUGGGAUUCAAAAUAAGCUUGCAUUGUCCUUGCUGUACUUUUGUACCAUCCAAUAAUUACAUCAUCCCAAACAAAAGCGAAGAACUAGAAGCAAGAUUUGCAGGUAUUGAUGCCACCUCCACAUUUUCCAGUGGUGAUCAGAGAACUAUAAAGUCAACUAGGAAAAAAAACAGUGGGAAGAGCCCACAUCUCCUGCUAAUGUUGUUGCCCUCCUACAGACUGGAGUCACAACAGUCCAACCGACGGAAGAAGCGCUCUUUGGAUGCAGCCUAUUGCUUUAGAAAUGUACAGGAUAAUUGCUGCCUACGUCCACUUUACAUUGAUUUCAAGAGGGAUCUUGGGUGGAAAUGGAUACAUGAACCCAAAGGGUACAAUGCCAACUUCUGUGCUGGUGCAUGUCCCUACCUUUGGAGCUCAGACACUCAGCAUAGUAGGGUUCUCAGCUUAUAUAAUACCAUUAAUCCAGAAGCAUCUGCUUCUCCUUGCUGUGUGUCCCAAGAUUUGGAGCCUCUCACCAUCCUCUACUACAUUGGCAAGACCCCCAAGAUUGAACAGCUCUCCAACAUGAUUGUCAAGUCUUGCAAAUGCAGCUAAGAAUCUCAGAAAAGUAGCAAAACAAGAAUCAGAACGAUGAUGAUGAUGAUGAUGAUGACGACAGUGACAAUAUCAGUAAUAUGAAAACAGAAGAGAGCCUUCCUUCAUCAGUGUUAAAAAAUGGCAAAAAGCGGUACUAGUUCAAACACUUUGGAAGUGUGUGUGCUGUUCCUUAAAACUGGUGUCGAAACAUAAAGAAAUAAAAGGUGAACAAUGUUUCUGCAUUUCACAUCCUCUGUAAGGGAGAUAAGAAGCCAACCCUUUUCUUUUAAAGAAAAUAAAUAAAUAAAUAAACACUGGAAGAAGUUGUUAGUGUGAAAUUAUGUGAAAGGAAACAAACCAACAACAGGAAAAUCCCGUGAAGUGGACGGCUGUGCACACGGUUCCUAUCCCACGCCUCACCUGAUUUUUCUGAGUUGCUAUAAAUAGCCCUUCCCCUUCUUCCUUCUGAGUUAACAGUGAGUUAUUUAUUAUGUGUUGCUAUAGAACGAACAUUUCAUUGCCCUUGAAAAAUGCAACAGGUGUAUAAAGUGGAGACCAAGUCUUUUGUCAGAAACUCAUGGUUGGCUUAAGGAGCUUUGAACUCAAAUGAGCCUAAAAUGGUGAAAGAGGUCAUAUUAACAUGAGGCAAAGCCCAGUGAGUUGUUGGAAGACCAGGAAAGUCUGCAUUAAGAUAAAGGCCCUGGAAAGACCUACCACUCUAUCUAUACCUACUGCUGAAGUUCUGUAAGAUUCUACAAGAGAAAAGUCUGUUAGUUAAGUAAAAUUUUCAUCAGAAUAAGUCUGUAAAGACCCCCCCCCUUUUAAUGGUAAAUGAUACUUUGUUCAUUUGGUAAACCAGUGAAAUAUUGAGGGAAAAAUGAGAUAUGUCCUGGUCAAACUUCAGAUUGGAAUUCUGACAGGAUAGCUCAGUUACUUUCCUUAU